AUGGACGCGCCACUCGACAGCGUUGAGGACCAUGACUCUGUACUCGGCCCUCGCAGUAACCCCGUGAGGUUGAGUCGCAAGGCUGCUGUGAAGCGGAACAGCACGAAAGAGAAAAGGUCUGCGACGGAGAGACACGACAGUCCGAUGCAGAGCAUCCACGUCCGCGCGAAGACUUCUUCUAUGGUUCCGGCUAUCCGAAUCAUUGGGAGCACGCCGCCCAUUUUACGCCGCUUUAGCUUCGAUGAAACAUUCAGUGAAGUCGCGUUUAGCCUCAGCAAGCUCUCGAACUCACCUGAUUUCGAAGACGUUCCGCUCAGCCCUGUGGCUGGUCCAGAGCCGGUCAACUCGUCUCAACCGCAACUAUCUGUCCAGGAACAACGAAGCCAUCGAGCGGCCACAGAGGAGCGAGAGGAAAUGAUGGGGAAGCAAGAAGUGGAGCGACAGCAACGCCAUGUUCCGACGACUUUUGAUCAGAUAUUGGGAGAGAAGAAGGUUCCUACCGCGUUGUUGUAG